AUGUGGAAUGAUCGUUAUAAUUGUGAUCAGGCAUUCGCCACCGAUGCUCGCCUCCUAAAUGCAGUGAACUAUCCCCUUCCUGAUAUCGGUUCUCAGGCGUUUGCGAGGACUGGUCCCUCGACUUCCCCAGUCGCUGCUCAUACUGAGGUCUUGGGUCAGCCCUCGACUCCUCUAGUCGCUGCUCAUACUGAGGUCUCGGGUCGGCCCUCGACUCCUCUAAUCGCUGCUCAUACUGAGGUCUCGGGUCGGCCCUCGACUCCUCUAGUCGCUGCUCAUACUGAGGUCUCGGCUCGGCCCUCGACACCCCCAGUCGCUGCUCAUACUGAGGUCUCGGGUCAGCCCUCGAGUCCUCUAGUCGCUGCUCAUACUGAGGUCUCGGCUCGGCCCUCGACACCCCCAGUCGCUGCUCAUACUGAGGUCUCGGGUCAGCCCUCGACUCCUCUAGUCGCUGCUCAUACUGAGGUCUCGGCUCGGCCCUCGACACCCCCAGUCGCUGCUCAUACUGAGGUCUCGGGUCAGCCCUCGACUCCUCUAGUCGCUGCUCAUACUGAGGUCUCGGCUCGGCCCUCGACACCCCCAGUCGCUGCUCAUACUGAGGUCUCGGGUCAGCCCUCGACUCCUCUAGUCGCUGCUCAUACUGAGGUCUCGGCUCGGCCCUCGACUCCUCUAGUCGCUGCUCAUACUGAGGUCUCGGGUCGGCCCUCGACACCCCCAGUCGCUGCUCAUACUGAGGUCUCGGCUCGGCCCUCGACACCCCCAGUCGCUGCUCAUACUGAGGUCUCGGGUCAGCCCUCGACUCCUCUAGUCGCUGCUCAUACUGAGGUCUCGGCUCGGCCCUCGACACCCCCAGUCGCUGCUCAUACUGAGGUCUCGGGUCAGCCCUCGACUCCUCUAGUCGCUGCUCAUACUGAGGUCUCGGCUCGGCCCUCGACACCCCCAGUCGCUGCUCAUACUGAGGUCUCGGGUCAGCCCUCGACUCCUCUAGUCGCUGCUCAUACUGAGGUCUCGGCUCGGCCCUCAACACCGCCAGUCGCUGCUCAUACUGAGGUCUCGGGUCAGCCCUCGACUCCUCUAGUCGCUGCUCAUACUGAGGUCUCGGGUCAGCCCUCGACUCCUCUAGUCGCUGCUCAUACUGAGGUCUCGGGUCAGCCCUCGACUCCUCUAGUCGCUGCUCAUACUGAGGUCUCGGGUCAGCCCUCGACUCCUCUAGUCGCUGCUCAUACUGAGGUCUCGGCUCGGCCCUCGACUCCUCUAGUCGCUGCUCAUACUGAGGUCUCGGCUCGGCCCUCGACUCCUCUAGUCGCUGCUCAUACUGAGGUCUCGGGUCGGCCCCCGACUCCUCUAGUCGCUGCUCAUACUGAGGUCUCGGCUCGGCCCUCGACACCCCCAGUCGCUGCUCAUACUGAGGUCUCGGGUCAGCCCUCGACUCCUCUAGUCGCUGCUCAUACUGAGGUCUCGGCUCGGCCCUCAACACCGCCAGUCGCUGCUCAUGCUGAGGUCUCGGGUCAGCCCUCGACUCCUCUAGUCGCUGCUCAUACUGAGGUCUCGGGUCAGCCCUCGACUCCUCUAGUCGCUGCUCAUACUGAGGUCUCGGCUCGGCCCUCGACACCCCCAGUCGCUGCUCAUACUGAGGUCUCGGGUCAGCCCUCGACUCCUCUAGUCGCUGCUCAUACUGAGGUCUCGGGUCAGCCCUCGACUCCUCUAGUCGCUGCUCAUACUGAGGUCUCGGGUCAGCCCUCGACUCCUCUAGUCGCUGCUCAUACUGAGGUCUCGGCUCGGCCCUCGACUCCUCUAGUCGCUGCUCAUACUGAGGUCUCGGCUCGGCCCUCGACUCCUCUAGUCGCUGCUCAUACUGAGGUCUCGGGUCGGCCCCCGACUCCUCUAGUCGCUGCUCAUAUUGUGAUACCGCCCCAGCCGGCUCCUCACGAUCCACAUCCAAGUCUACUGAUCUGUACCCAAUGA